UCAGAUUUUGAGCAGAAAACACUCAGUCCACUUGGACAGCAGGAGAUACUGAGCACUGGCAUACAUCUUUGGGAAUUAAUUUUUCUUAUCUACCAACAUCAGACCACAUUCCUACUUUGAUUCUUGUCAUUUUUGUUUUUCUGUUCUCUAAUUUUUUAUUAUAAUUUUUUUUACAUGCGUAUACAGGGAGCAUAAUUGCAGUACAAACAACCAGAAAAAAUUGACAGGUCCUGCAAUUGGCUUUAAUUAAGCAAACUUUGUGUCAUCAUCACAAGGUGGUCUUUGCUGGAAUGAAUAUAUCUGAGUCUAGUUAUUGUCCAGAGGCCAGCACUCAGCCCAGCCAGGUUGUGGAGUGUGGAGCAUGGGUUGCUUCGUCAACUUCCAGCCCAAUAGGUCCUGAGCGGAGCCGCAGGUUUGAUCAUGAAGCAGUUGGUGGAGUGAAGGAGAGGAGAACAGGAAGCCCAGAUUCAAGCCAAGCCAGUGAGGGAAAGUGUGGGGCUGAGCCGAGGAUCCGCAGGCCCAUGAAUGCCUUUAUGGUGUGGGCUAAGGAUGAACGCAAGAGAUUGGCAUUGCAGAAUCCAGAUCUGCACAAUGCUGUGUUAAGCAAAAUGCUAGGCCAGUCCUGGAAGGCUCUGAGUACGCUGGACAAGCGUCCCUUCGUAGAGGAAGCCGAACGCCUCCGGCUGCAACAUCUCCAUGAUCAUCCCAACUACAAAUACCGGCCUCGGCGCAAAAAGCAGGCCAAAAAGAUGAAGCGAGUGGAGCCUGGUCUACUUCUCCAUGGUCUUGGUGGAUGCUCUGGGAGUGGAGAUGCCUAUCCCCAGCACCCUCAUCCCCACCACCUUCUUCCCUCGUUGGGCCAUUUCCGAGAUCUUCACCAUGGAUCUGGUGUACAGGAUCUGGAGCUCUAUGGCCUCCCUACGCCUGAGAUGUCUCCUCUAGAUGUGCUGGAGGAGGGUGGAGGAGACUCUGUCUUCUUUCCCCAUCACAUGCAGGAUGAUGUGGGCUUGGCACCUUGGGUCAACUACCACCAGCACCCACAGCAAAGCCAAAGCCACCAUGCUAACCACCAUCCCCCGAAUGUUCACUCCCUCCACCACUCCCACCCCCACCUCAACCAGAAACCUGCACCAGGUUGCCGUUCCAUGCAGGAGAAAUGCUCAGAACCUACGAACCCUCACAAUCUCUUCCCUUCCCAUUCUAGUACAUCUCUCCCAGAACAGGCCAAGGUCCCACAACCCUCUAGUGCUCCACUUCAAAGUGUUUACUAUGGUCAGAUUUAUGGAAACACACCACAACAGCCCUUUACCUCUCAACUUGGCCAACUUUCACCCCCUCCAGAAUCUUCUACCCCUGUUCCUACUCCCUCUGCCUCCCAGGUUCCACCACCCUCCCUGGAAAAUAACGACCACCUAGGACCUUCAGCAGAUUUCUGGAGCGAUGUGGACCAUCAUGAGUUUGAACAGUAUUUGAGUGCCAGCAGGACUCGAGUAAACAGGAGCACUGCAUGUGAAGAGAGCAGCACACUCAUAUCAGCCCUCUCUGAUGCCAGCAAUGCUGUCUACUACAGCACCUGUAUUACUGGAUAAAGACAUAACUCUCUAGCAAAUGCUAGUUUUAAAAUCAGGUGUAUAUGAUUUUUUUUUGUUAUUCAAGAUUAUGUUUAUUUGAUCAACUGCUUUGAGCUGAUUAAAUUUUCAUCCUAAGUGUCAAGUGAGUCAUUUCAAAUGUUGUUUAGGAAAUGUAAUAGCUGGGGGGGGGGGUUAGGAGUUGCGGAUGAAUACGUGUACAUUACAGACUACAGAAAGAUGCAUCAUAUUGCACCUCUUUUUAAGGGUUUUAUAAUAUAGUUCUGUAGGCCACAGUCAAUUUGUCCAUAGUCAGUUUGUCCAUAGUUUAGCAGACUACAUUCAGCUACAGUAUUCAUAUAUACCAGUCACAGUAAUGUUCAUAUCAAAUAAGGCUCAAAAAGCAGGGACAAUAAGAAUGUGAAUGUUUCUUUCAUUUUCUCAGAGGGUUUUGUAUUUACAAAUGAUUUUUUUUUAAUCUUUCUUUUAUAUAAUUGUUUUAAAAAAUAUUACAUUUGCACUGGGUCAGAAUGUUUUGAACUGUAUGAGAAACCACUCGAAACUCCUGCACUUGAUGUCUCUCAAGCAAAGAAAGUCAUGUUCAUGAAAGAGACCACAAAAUCAUCUCUGGAAUUUGGAUCUGUUGAAGGCUGUAAUUUAUUGUGUAUUUUCUUGCCGUAUGACUGAAAAGGUCAUUUAGUAUAUAUGUAUUUUAUUAAUCCUCUGUAAAUGUAUUCUGUAAUCCUCUGAGUCAGCAUUGAGAGACAUGUUGAGUUAGUAAUAACUUUCCAGCUUUUGGUAAUAAUUAUCUUCAAAUAGAAGUCUUUUCAAUAUAAAAAAAAAAUGUCUCUCAGCCAUUGAAUCAAAACAAGUAAUUGGAAACACACAAUUCGUUUCAUAGAAUUGUUUCCCACACUGAAGAGGACAUAUACAUUUUGAUUUUAUACAUGUGAAUAGUUGUUGUUCUUAAAAAAUGCAUUUGUAUUGCACAUCCACACAUUUCACUGAGUAUUUUUCAAAAAUAAAGGCUUAAAACAUGA